UUAUGUAUUUUUGUUAGAUAACAAUUAACAGUGUAAUAGGCGUUUAAAUUACGAUUGAAACGUUAGGAGCAGCCGUUGAUAAACAUUCCGUUGUUAUGUACUUUUUAACAUGGCAUCACAUUUAACAUAGCAUCUUAUUACAGUAGUUAUUUUCUACUCAACAUAUUCACCACAAAGAGGAAGGACAUUGCAAGCAGAUAACAAGUUUUUUAAAAAUUAAAUUAAUUUAAUAUCUAGUUCAAUGUUAGAAAACAAGAAAAAUUAAAUUUUCCGAAGAUCCAAAGAAUAUACGCCAAGAGGCAGACGAAAUAACUGAAAUAACGUCUUCAUUUUCAGUGAUCGGCAUUAACAGAUACCUGUAAAAUUGUCUGCGUAACAUUCUUCAUCUAAAUGUGUUAUUGGCUAUAAUGAUGUUGGAAUUAUUUUAUUUAACCCUUGCAAGUUUAAUAAUUGUGCUCGUCGCGUCAUACAUAUUUAUAAUAUUCAAACGCACACGAAAAGUGAUUGUACAUUCAAACGAGGAAAAUGUUAAACGUGAAUUCGUUCAGGCACCUGGUCCACAUCCUUGGCCCAUACUCGGCAACUUGGAUAUAAUUGGCCGUUUUGACAAUCCCUUCAAGGGCUUUGGAACAUUAGCAAAUCAUUAUGGCGACAUUUACUCCUUAACAUUUGGUCACACACGCUGCCUUGUCGUUAACAACUUGGAUUUAAUACGAGAGGUCCUUAACAAGAAUGGGAAAUUCUUUGGCGGUCGGCCGGACUUUCUACGCUACCACAAACUGUUUGGUGGUGACCGUAACAACUCUCUAGCUCUGUGCGAUUGGUCGCAGCUGCAGCAAAAACGCCGCAACUUGGCGAGGCGCCACUGCUCUCCGCGAGAAUCAUCCUCUUAUUUCAGCAAGAUGUCAGGUAUUGGUUGUGCUGAAAUUGACAUUUUGAUGGAAGAGCUGAAAAAAGUUAUUAUACCCGGACAGCCGCUCGAUUUGAAGCCAGUUCUGAACGCAACAUGCGCAAAUAUGUUUAGCCAAUAUAUGUGUUCAAUGCGAUUUGAUUAUGACGAUAUGGAAUUCCAACAGAUUGUACAAUUUUUCGAUGAAAUUUUUUGGGAAAUUAACCAAGGGCAUCCAUUGGACUUUUUGCCAUGGUUGUUACCAUUUUACAAGCAACACACGAACCGCAUUGCGUAUUGGUCAACAACAAUACGUAAAUUUAUUCUGGAGCGUGUUCUGAACCAAAGGGAGCUGAAUAUCGAUACUGAGGAGCCGGACAACGACUUCACGGAUGCACUACUGAAAAGUUUGAUAGAAAACAAAAAUAUGUGUCGCAAUACAAUUAUCUUUAUGCUGGAGGACUUUAUCGGUGGCCAUUCAGCUGUUGGGAAUUUGAUAAUGCUGGCUCUUGCCUAUAUAGCCAAGGAUCCAGUUAUUGGUCGAAAUAUUCAAUGCGAAGCAGAUGUUAUCUCUCACAAUGGAAAGCGCAAUAUUACUUUGGAAGACAUGGAAGAAAUGCCAUACACCAUGGCCACAAUAUUCGAAGUUCUGCGCUAUUCAUCAUCUCCCAUUGUGCCGCAUGUGGCUACCGAGGAUUCGGUUAUUUCGGGAUUCGGAGUGACUAAGGGCACAAUUGUGUUUAUAAACAACUAUGUACUAAACAUGAGCCAGGAAAGUUGGAGGAAUCCCAAUCACUUUUGUCCUGAACGAUUUUUGGAGCAAAAAUGUCCAAAUAAUGCUCAAAGAUCAUCAACGAUUUCUGAUAAGAGAAAAUUCUCUGAAGACUCUGAUUCAGGCGUAGAGUUCGAAAACGAUAGUACAUUUGGAUUGCAAUAUUUGCAUUUAAAAAACCUAAAAACGAAAUCUGAUGCAAAUAAUCAACUGACUGAUGAACUACCAAAGUUUCGACUGAGAAAGAAUCUUCCACAGUUUCUACCUUUUAGUAUAGGAAAACGUACUUGCAUUGGACAAAAUUUAGUACGAGGCUUUGGUUUCAUAUUGCUGUCUAAUAUAUUAUUGCGUUAUAAUAUAAGCAGUCCAGACAUUUCAACGAUUAAGAUAAAUCCAGCCAGCCUAGCGUUGCCCGCAAAAUGCUUUCCACUCGUAUUAACAGAAAGAAUUUAAGCUUCACAAAAUAAUAUUUUCAAUAUGCCUUUUGUUAUAAAAUUUAACUCUGCGAAAAUGUAAUUACCUCUACUGGUAGUUUUAUUAUAGGAUAAUGUAAAUUGAAAAUGGUUUGAACCUAGAAAAAUAAAAUACUUGAAAUUAA